GGCGCACGAUAUUCUUCACCUACGCAAUUCUUGAACUCGGAGAAAAAAAACACCGGCGAUUCCUCCGGUCAGUUUCUCGGCCUCGUCUUCAUCAUUGGGCGUUUGGGUUUUGAAGCUCGUUGAUUACAAUAACAGUUCAAUCCUCAAGGGAGAGUUGGGCUUUUUUCAAGGAUGGCUAGCCAUGUUACUCGGUCGAGGGUGCAGGCACAGCUUCAGGAGCAACAAGCAAAAGCUAGGUGGAAUACACAUCUUACCAAGAUACUUGCAAGUUUAAUGGUUGAUCAAGUACACCAAGGGAACACAAAGAACAGUUACUUUGGCAUGAAAGCAUGGAAAUAUAUCUGCGAUGAAUUCUACAAGAGAACGGGUCUGAAGUGGGACAAGGAACUGAAGAACCGAUAUGCAGAUAUGAGGAAGAUAUAUGUUAUAAUCAAGUCACUUCUUGAUCGUAGUGAUAUCAGUUGGGAUGAAGCCACAGGGACUAUCACAGCCAGUGAUGAAGUAUGGGCUGAAUACACAAAGGAACAUGCUGAAGCAGAGGCUUUAAGAAACAGUGGCUGCCCAAUAUACAAAGAACUAUGUAUAAUAUUUUCAGAACCAGCGACCAACGGAAAGCAUGACCUUCCAAAUGAACACGAGGAAGGGACUCCUAAUUUUCAUCAAUUGGACCCAUUGUCCUUCCAGCAAGUAGUACUUUCCUCAUCGGAAUCUGAGGAAGCAGAUGCUGCUGCAGAUCAUAAAGAAACAGUUCAACCCAUUAUGCCCAGCAGUGCUGGCAUCCGCAAAAGAGGGCGCAAGGGCAUUGAUGAUGCCAUCGCAGGAGCCAUCUUAGAGAUGGCAGCUGCAUCAAAGCUGAGAAAAGCUGCUAUACAGCAACGUGACGCCAGAUAUACCAUAACUAAUUGUAUUAAAGCUCUGGAUGAGAUGAAAGGUGUUGAUGAGCAAGUCUAUUUCGCUGCUAUUGAUCUGUUCAACGAUCCCACUGCAAGGGAGUUGUUCCUGUCUCUCAAACGUGACAAGCGCUUGAUUUGGUUGCAGCGCAAGUGCAGAUCAAGCAGCUGAUCCUGUUCCCUAGAUUAUAAUUCUCAAUGUGCCGUGUUUCAUCUAAACCCAUAUCAUGUGAAUAUUAUUAGGCCAUAUUAUUACUCAUAUAUAUAUAUAUAUCAGUAGUAACCUGGUUUUACCUGAUUAUC